AUAUAAUUAACCACUUGAACCUUAGUUGAAAUUUUGUUUAUUUGGUCAACAACAAGUAAGUUAAAUCAUCGAAAGCACUGAAAGUGUUUAAGUUUCGUUGAUUAAUCCAAACUGAAUCAAGAAAAUCAUUAAUAUAUUUUUAACGUGAUUAACUUAAUUACCUGAUAACUUGACGUGUGGUGAAUAUUGUAAUCAAGUAAAAAGUGGAAAAGAGUAACAAUUAAAUCAAACAUAUGAAUGUGUGUGACAAAAUGGUAAAAAUCAAGGAAUCAUUAAUUAUAUCAUUAAUUUGAAUUCUCUCAUGAAACAUCCUAAUAAUCAAAGGGUAGUUAAAGUAACAACAAUUAAAACCAAGUGAAUAUCAUGAAAAUGAUAUCGUAAUAACAAUAUUACAAUCUCAGUGAUUUAGAUAAUAAAGCAAAAUCUAAAUAAUUAAUAGGAAAAGAAAACGAGAUCAGUGACCAAAUUAAAUUGUAACCUAAAUAUUAGUACACAGGAAAAUUAGAAUGAAAAAAUUAGGAGAGAAAUUAACUAACCAACAUUUUAAUUAUUCUCUCAUGUCAUUUAUUUUAUUCCAAUUUUGAAUCAAGAUAAACUCUCUCUCCUCUUUAUGUAAUAACAGGGAGAGAACGAUGAAUAUAUAAUCUAUAUAAUGGAACAAUUAAUGAAACAAUUUGACAUAAUUGGUUCAAACUCUAAAUUUCAUUCAUAUAAUCAACAGAAAGUAUCAACCAUUAGAAUCCAUGAUUAUUAUUGUUAUUAUUUUGACUCGAGAGUGUUACGCUUUGGUGAUAAUCAUUUUCCACCCUGAACUUUUUUCUGGAUUCAUGGAGAGUGGAAAAUGUAUCGUGUGAGUUAUAUUGUUGGAGAAAGAGAGAGAGAGAGAGAAAAUUCUGCUCAUCUUCAGAUUCACAUUUAAUCGCAUGAAUGAUUAACUGUAUUGAAUAAAUUGUUGUUUUCUACUCUUUAGAAAUUGAAAGUUGACCAUUGAUCGUCCACUUCUCGUUUCGGAUUAGCUGAAUUUAGAAUUAAAUUGUUUCCAUUGUUACUUAUUCAUCUUUAGUUAGUGUUUAUCUAUUUUCGUAAUGAUUUAAAGUGAAUUAAAGUCGAUUACAGUUGGAUAAAAAUGUUUACUCGAUGUUUUCAUUUUCUUUUCUUUUCAAAGGUAAACCGUUGAUCUUUUCUCGCUUCUAAGUUAAAUGUUACUUAAUUGUUUCUAUUGGGAUUUAAUUCAACUGUUAACUGUCUAUCGGGCUUAAUUUUCAAUUUUAAAUGAGUGUUGAUCAACCAAUUUCCCGAAGCAAUGAGAUGCUGCUUCGUGAUAGACUCGAUGGUUGCCUCGAGCCUUGGCAAGCGAGUCUCUUUGCUGGUAUUUACGCCUCUUCUACCAGUAUAUUUGAUUUACUUUGGAGCACCGCGAAUAUGAUUCAUGAAACUCAUCCGAUAAUCUUUUUCAUUCUUCUUGCGAUGGCGAUUGAAAGUGUUCUCUUCAUUUUAGCUUCGAUCUUAUUAUUUUUCGGCUUGGCGAAAAAAAAAUCUUGGUGUUUCAUUCCCUGGAUGAUUUUGGCCAUAAUCGAUAUAACUCUCGAUUUAGCUCAUAAUUUUGUCGAAAUUUCCUUACCAAAGCGCACUUAUGCUGCUCCGUGUAUAUUGGCCUUAACUGGACUUUUAAUCCGAUUGUUUAUCUGUGCAGUUAUGCUUUAUGCACUUUACUCUGUUUACAGACAAUAUACUUUGUUAACUGAUGGUACAAAUUCAAAGACCAAAAUAAAAGUUUAUCCAGCUAAUAGUGAAAAUGACAACAACCAUGACGAUCGAUCCAAAGCUUGAGAACUGAGAUGAAAGUUAUUAAUUAUUUCUAAUUAUUGAUUAAUUUGCUAAGAAAAAUUUGAAAAUUAAAUGAACUUUUAAUUGUUUGUUGAUGUUUUUGUUAAUCAAAUCACGAACACGACGCACAUUGAACUCUUUUUAUCGAUUGGCACAAUUAAUUCCCAAUUUGUGGAAAAAAGACAAAACCAUUUUAAUGUAGAAAUUAAUGUGUAAAUUAUUUGAUUAUAAAUAAAAUAAUUAAUUAAUUCCAACCAUACACUCUUAACAAAU